AUGGCUUCUAUAAAAACGUCUCAACCGGUGCCUUAUAUGAACGGAAUAAAAGAUCGUUUGCCACCAUCAAAGGAAACAAUCGCUCGUCGCCAGGUGGAACUCAUCAACGGACACGAUGAUGAGGAGAACUUGUCCGAUUCCGAUAUUGAUGGAUUAUCAACCACUCGAUCGGUUUUGUUACCCAACCAACGUGUACCCGUAAAAUCACCCGAACCCCCGACAAACAGCGAUGACAGCCUAAUGCAGUGGCUUAUGCAACAGUUUCAACAAAACGGAAUACAACAGAUACAACAAUCUCCAAUGGUACAGCCGAAAAGCAAUUUUCGGAAUGUUGAAGAUGUCACUACACAUAACAACGAACUCUUUUCAGGUUCACAAGUGCAGUUGUCUGAUCCGGUUGUAAAAGGUAAUGGAAUGGUAAAAAGAGAUCGUUGGGCCAAAAGUUGUACCCGUUUGGAUCGAGUAAAACCGGGUACCGAAUUGCACUAUCCACGCAUGCCACGAUCGAGAGAUGCCAGUCUGAGACGAAGAGCAAAGGAUCCCAUUGAUUCAGUGAAUCAGUUGCUGGAUGAAAUCAAUCGGAAAGCUGAAGGACUCAAGUGUGAUAAUGAUAGAAUAAAACAGGAGCUUGAGAAGGCGACCACUAUCAUUGGAGAUUUAAAACAAUCCCGACAGCAGAAAGCAUACCGAUCCGAUCGUUGGGCUGUGAGCACCACUGCGCUGCAAAGUCCAUCACGAUACGACAUUGCACGGAACAAACAGAACCCAGUGCUUCGUCUGAAACGUUUGAAUAACACAAAAAUGAACAGCUCCCAAUGUCUCCUUACCCGAUCUGCCUAUCCCGAUCCGAUCGGUGACACCACUGAUCGAUCGGUAACGCAGCUGAACGAACCGAGAACGCCCACGGUGCAUCGCUUGCGAUCUGACCAUCGCUUUGUAAUGGAUGAUCGUCUUCCCCAAUCGCCACCACCAUCUUGGAAUGAUUCUAGUCUGCCAAAAGAAGAAGUUCGACUGCGUGAGACNCGUGAGACACCAACACAUAUCCGUUAUCCAAUGACAAGACGUUAUUCGACAACACAGCAAGUUGAACCCAUUGAACCACGUGAGGAGUAUCGUGAAUCUUCACUGGGACCGCUCACAUCUGAUUACCAUAGGGGUAGCAACGGGACCAGUAUUACUAGUUCAAACGGUGUAGCCUCUAAGUUCUCUUGGAUCGGCCGUGCAUUAAGCCAGUUGUCCCUGGCCGAUUGGACUGGUAAGCCGAAACCUGAUUCCAAAUCGGAUCAACGGAGAGCGGAUGGCGCCACCCCCGAAAUAUAUGGGCGCUUAAGCCCGCCAGUAAACGGUGCAAAAAAUCUGUCCACAAUGAUUCGAAGACCAUUUCGAAGAAAGGCCACAACCCCAAGUCCCAGGCCAGCCGUAAUUUCGUCAGCUGUUCCCUACGAAGAGAACACGUCCGGAAACCGUUGUCUGAGUUUGAUGCAUUUGAACGGCUCAAGUUUGUCUUCUUUUGAAGAACCUGAAGCUGAUCGUGACCGAACAGAUGAGCCACUGCAAUUUCGUAGCGAUCGAAAGAAUAACGCUUCGUUUGUUCACCCCACAUAA